AUGGGAGUCAUCCAAUCGGAAGGAAUGACCGAAGAUCUAUGCUAUCAGGGAACGCACGAAGGGACUCGUCAGACUACCCCAAGAGGGGUAACCCAACGGAAUGUACCAAAGUUAAAUGUAAAGGCCGACCUAGUCAUGCGGGAUGACCUAGUGGCGUCCCCUUCUCCUAUGGAACAGGUACUAGGCAAGAGAUUGGCCGAUGUGGAAGCAGUGAUGCGACACAUUCCAGGAAUGCCGGUCCCAACCAAGAAGAGCAGGCCCCAUUGUUACGCGGAAUCACCCUUCAUGGACGAGAUCGUCGUAGCCGACAUGCCUCAAAAGUUUACUAUCCCCAACAUGAAAAUGUACGACGGCACAACCGAUCCGGACGAUCACAUAGCCUCGUACAAGCAGCGGAUGCUCACCCUCUCAAUACCCCGACCGCUUAGGGAAGCCUACAUGUGCAAAAGUUUCGGUUCGAGCUUAUCCGGCCUAGCACUACAAUGGUACACCAACCUCCCGAACGGAUCCAUCAAUUCGUUUGCUCAACUCACCGACACGUUUGUGGAACAGUUCGCCAGUAGCAAGAAAGUCGAGAAGCUGUCAGCCGACUUGUACAGAGGUCUCCUCCCGGACGGAGAGCUAUACAAAGAACUUACAAAGUUGGGAUGCACAAUAAUGGAAGACGCCCUAGCCCAGGCAGUGAUCCAAAUAAGAUGGGAGGAGGAUGAGAUAAACCAGACGAUUCACUCCAGAUACAAUUCAAGGUGGAAUGAUAGGAAACCAGAGCACAGGCCAGCGGAGCACCGCUACCAACCCCCAGCACGUAAUUCGAGCAGAGUUAGAAAACCGUAUGAUCAUCAACUAAUAAGAACCGAGAGUAGACAGUUCGGAUCGAACCGGUGCAAAAUAUCGGAGUACAACCUUAAUGUCGAGCCAACUCAGGUGGUCAUGAUUAUGAAAGGAAUGGCAUCCACCGUUAAGUGGCCAUGCAAGCUCAAUCCCGAGGCAAGGAGAGACAAGACCAAAUGGUGUGAGUUCCACGACGAUCAUGGGCACAACACCGUAGACUGUAUCGCUUUACGACUAGAGGUCGCUGCACUUCUGAAGAGGGGACACCUUCGGGAUCUGCUAACUAAUAAGGGGAAGAACACCAUCAGCCAUAAGAGUUCAAAAGAACCAUCACCACCUCCGCGAGAACCUACACCGAAAGGUUUCUGUUCUCUCAUCUCUGGAGGAUCAGAGAUCAGUGGGGUAAGUUACUCAUCAGCCAAGCGAUAUGCCAGAGCCAACCACCACCAUGAAGUCCAGUCCAUCCAUCUGGCCUCACGGUCGCACACUCAUCAGGUAAUUCAAUUUGAAGAUGACGAGUCGGUCACCCUAGCCGCUCCUCAUCACGAUGCCCUAGUCAUCUCCCUGGAGGUCACCAACAUCCUAGUGAAAAGAGUAUUCGUAGAUGGAGGCUCCUUAGCAAACAUCUUAUUCCUUGAAACAGUGAAGGCAACAGGCGAUCGACGUUGCUAG